AAAGAAUUGAAUUCCAGAGUUGUGUUUAGCAUCCAAAGACGUGCACUUCCCAGCUUUGACCCCGAUAUUCCUUUAUAUAAUUUUAAACCCGGAGUGUCGUUGGACCAUUUUUUUCUCCUUUUCAAUGGUAUCAAAGUUGCCAAUCCGCCCACCUACCCCAUGAAGCAAUGUCCCACUCACCACCACCACCCUCCCAGCCUCUCUGCCUCGGCCGCCCACGGCGACAUCUUCCUAUGCCAUCCCUCCUCUUCCCCUUCCUCCUCCUCCUCCUCAUGUUUCUCUGUCCCACGUUUGCCGUCGACUCCUGUUCAAUCCUUCACCACCGUCACCAACCUCACCCUAUAAAACGACGCCCGAAUCGACACCUCCACCAUCCGCCUCACCACGACUCCAACCAGUUCUCGUUCGGCCGUGGCUUUUACCCCACCACCCUCUCCAUGAAGCCAACUUCAAAUUCCUCAUCUCUCUCUUCCUUCUCAACAGCCUUUGUUUUCUCAGUCUUGCGAAUUUCCAACAGCCCAGGGUUCGGCCUCUGCUUCGUCCUUUCCAACUGGACUUCCCCACCAGGCGCUUUAGCUAGCCAGUACUUCGGUAUUUUCACAAACGCCACCGACUCUCCCGUGGCUCCCCUCCUAGCAAUCGAGUUCGAUACCGGUCUAAACCCGGAAUUCAAUGACCCCGAUGGUAACCAUAUAGGGAUCGACUUAAACAAUAUUAUAUCUGCCCAAACAGCGCCUGCUCAGUAUUUUAACUCUUCAAAUGGAAGUUUUGUUCCUGUCAACAUGCGGACAGGCCAAAAUGUUCAUGCUUGGAUUGAUUUUGAUGGUGUGAAUUUUGAGAUCAACGUCACCGUUGCUCCAGUGGGAGUUCCGAAACCUUCCAGGCCAACGCUCAAUUACAAAGAUCCAGUGGUUGCUAAUUAUGUUUCUAGUGAAAUGUUUGUUGGGUUUUCAGCGUCCAAGACUCAGUGGGUCGAGGCGCAGAGGAUUUUAGCUUGGAGCUUCAGUGAUACGGGAGUUCUUAGAGAGAUUAACACCACGGGUUUGCCCAUUUUCUUCAUAGAAUCAUCGUCGUCUUCUUUGUCAUCUGGGGCGAUUGCAGGGAUCGUUAUUGGAUGUGUUGCUUUUGUGAUAAUUUGUGGAUCUGGGUGUUAUUUGAUUUGGAGGAAAAAGUAGGAAGAAAGUGAAGAUGAGAUUGAAGAUUGGGAGCUGGAGUACUGGCCUCACAGAUUUUCUUAUGAAGAGCUUAAACAAGCUACGGAUGGAUUUUCGAAUGAAAAUCUUUUAGGUUCAGGUGGGUUCGGUCGUGUUUUCAAAGCGACACUUCCAAACAACACGGAAGUUGCGGUAAAGUGCGUGAACCACGAUUCCAAACAAGGAUUGAGAGAGUUCAUGGCUGAGAUCGAAAGCAUGGGAAGACUCCAACAUAAGAAUCUUGUCCAAAUGCGAGGUUGGUGUCGGAAAGGUAAUGAACUCAUGCUUAUUUACGAUUACAUGCCCAAUGGAAGCCUUAACCGUUGGAUUUUCGACAAACCCCAGAAGCUCCUCGGUUGGAGGCAGCGGCUUUCGGUUCUAGCUGACGUCGCCGAGGGUUUGAAUUAUCUCCACCAUGGUUGGGACCAAGUUGUUGUUCAUCGAGACAUAAAAUCGAGCAACAUUUUGUUGGAUUCUGAAAUGAGAGGCAGGCUUGGAGAUUUUGGAUUGGCUAAGUUGUACGAACACGGACAAGUUCCUAAUACGACCAGGGUGGUCGGAACAUUGGGUUACUUAGCGCCUGAAUUAGCCACAGUAGCAGUUCCAACAGCGGCUAGUGACGUGUACAGCUUUGGGGUGGUGGUUUUGGAAGUGGUUUGUGGGCGGCGACCAUUAGAGAUGGCUACGGAAAAGGAGGAGGAGCAAGUAUUGAUUGAUUGGGUGAGAGACUUGUACGCCGAAGGACGGCUAUGGGAAGCGGCGGAUGCUAGAAUUCGAGAGGAAUACGACGGGGAGGAAGUGGAGAUGGUGUUGAAGCUUGGGUUGAGUUGUUGUCACCCUGACACUUCGAGGAGACCCAUGAAGGAGGUGGUGGCGGUUUUAGUCGGAGAGGAAGUGGCUGCUGCCCCGGCUGAGUUGUUGAACGAGUUGACUCGCUGCGGGACUACCGCUGCGGAUGAUGCCGCCGCCGCCGAACCACCAGUGUGAAUACGUUUCAUUUUUCAAGAAUAGAAUAGUGGCGGUGCAACAUGCUCUUUGACUUGUUUGACACGUUGAUUUCAUUAAAUUAUGUCCAUAACAGAGAUGGCUGAGUUA